UCCUGCACCGUGUUGUCUCUCAGACCAGGACAGACGGAGCUCAGACUACCGAUCACUUCAUUGGGAUUUAAGAAAUCUUUUUUCACGGCAUUUUUUCAUUGAAUAAAAAGCAUUUAACGAGGGGUGCACAGUGCACACAGGGACACACACAUGCUGACAACUCGGAGUAAAACACUUUAACUUGGACCGCGUGGACCAUCGGAACAAAACCUCUGGGAAAUGUCCUCCGACCCAGGAAGAGGUCAUGGGGGUCUUAACCAACUAGGCGGGAUGUUUGUGAACGGCCGGCCGCUCCCGGAGGUGAUCCGGCAGCGCAUCGUGGACAUGGCCCACCAGGGGGUCCGACCCUGCGACAUCUCACGCCAGCUCAGAGUCAGCCACGGCUGUGUCAGCAAGAUCCUUGGCCGGUACUAUGAGACAGGUAGUAUCAAACCAGGGGUGAUAGGUGGCUCUAAGCCCAAGGUGGCAACGCCCAAGGUGGUGGAGAAGAUCGCCGACUACAAGCGGCAGAAUCCCACUAUGUUCGCCUGGGAGAUUCGCGACCGGCUGCUGACCGAGGGGGUCUGCGAUGGGGACACGGUGCCCAGUGUCAGCUCCAUCAACAGAAUAAUCCGAACAAAAGUCCAGCAGCCCUUCAAUCUACCGUUGGAUGGGAAAUGCCUGAGUCCCGGACGCACGCUAAUUCCCAGUUCGGCUGUCACCCCACCAGAGUCGCCCCAGUCAGAUUCUCUGGGCUCUACAUACUCCAUCAGUGGCCUGCUUGGAAUCCCCCCACCAAGCGGUGAAGGGAAGAGAAGCCAUGAUGACAGCGACCAGGAGAGUUGUCGUCACAGCGUGGAUUCUCAGGGCAGUGGAGGGGUCCCCAGAAAGCAGAUGAGGGGGGACCACUUUUCCUCCGCCCACCAGCACAUUGACUGCAGUUUUGAUCGGCAUAGCUACCACCCAGACUCCUUUGGGUCCACGGCCAGCGGCAAGGCGGAGCAGACGUUGUACCCGCUGGCGCUGCUCAACGGCAGCCUGGAGGAGGCCAAGACGGGCCUCUCUACAUCCAGCGCAACCAUCGGCCGAAAUCUGACCACACACCAGGGCUAUGCCAUGGUUGCUGAGCCCUUUCAGCCAAUAGCGCUAUGUCUGAAACAGGAAAUGUCCCCGGAAGUGACCAGCACAAGCUCCUCCCCCAAUAUGGCAGCUUCCAACCGGGCCUUCAUGGAGCUGCAGGCGCUGCAGAGCCCGGUCUCUGUCAGCUGCAGCAGCUCUAACCAUUUCCACCACCAUACCUUCAACUCAUUCUCCAAUCACGCACCAAUGUAUGGCCAAUUCGGCAGCCAGUCUCUCAUCUCAGGUCGUGACAUGACUAACUCCACUUUGCCGGGGUAUCCUCCUCACAUCCCGUCCUCGGGCCAGACGAGCUACACUUCGUCGGCAAUCAGUGGCAUGGUAUCAGGGGCAGACUACACUACUCAGACCUACAGCCACUCCCCCUAUGCCUCCUACAGUGAAGCCUGGAGGUUCACUAACUCCAGCAUACUGGGCACACCUUAUUACUACAGCUCAGCGUCCCGCCCGACCGCGCCGUCGACUGCUGCUUACGACCACCUUUAGUGUUGAACGUAGGACCCUUUAUCGCAGCAGGGAUAAGAAGUGAGGUGUCAGCUCUGAUGUGGACCGAGGCAGGAGUGCAGUAAAAAACACUGCAUUUGAAUAUUCAAGACUUUUUGUCAGCGCACCAGCAACGCAUACCGUUUGGUUUUCGACCACCACAGCCCCUCAUGACUGACUAUAUGUUAUAUAUUUGUCAUUGCCGAUAACAUUUCCCAGGGUGACUGUGAUCCACGUUUACAGCUGAAACACUGGGCUUCAUCCAGGGAGACAUGGAGAUAUGUCCUGAUCCCUGAGAAGUGCAUAUUGCCAUAAUGCUGUUCUGCCAAAUAUCUCCAUUCUGUACCAACCGUUUGGCAUUACUGCUCCAUGAGGGACAUGCUGCGAUGCGCAAAUUGUAUCAUUAUUAUCAUUCAACCAUUCCAACUUUUGUUUACAGUAGUUUUAAUUUAUGUAGCCUAAAAUCUCAAAUCAUUGUCUGAUUUAUUUUUAUUUUAUUUCUUAAUCACUGUUGGAUUACACAUUCAUUUUAUAAAAUAAAAAAAGAUAUCUUAAAUAAACACCGCAGCAUAUCUGGCAUAUCCGCGGCACUGAUUUAUUAAUUAUGUGAUGCAUCGCGACAAACUGUCCACAUUUACCCGUAAAAAAUAUAUCUGCCAACGUAUAUAUAAUGUAAAUGAAGUCAUCCGGAUGUGAUGUAGUCCGGAGGAGGAGAGAAGCUUCAGGAGGAGGGGAGAAGCUUCAGGAGGAGGAGGCUUCAGGAGGAGAGAGGCUCAAGGAGGAGGAGAGAUGAAGACAGAAGCUUCAGGGGUGGAGAGCAGCUUCCGGAGAAGGAGAGAAGCUUCAGGAUGAGGAAAGUCUUCAGGAGUAGAAAAUAAGCUUCAAGAUGAGGAGAGAAGCUUCAGGAGGAGGAGAGGAGCUUCAGGAUGAGGAGAGGCUUCAGGAUGAGGAGAGACGUUUCAGGAGGAGGAGAGGAGAUCCACCUUCAAAACAACAAUGCUUGAAAGACAUCUUUUAUUUUAUUUGCUUCAAUGAUGUUUUUUAGAAUUAAUUGUCAUGCUAAUGUUUGGUAAAACUGUGAAUACUUUUCUUACACUGUUAUUAAUAUCAUUAAAGAUGUAAAUACGGAAUUUCUAAAAUAAUUAUUUUAAA